AUGGCCGCUACUUUUGGAGACGGCGCCGACGGGCUGGACGAAUUAAUGGCAGACAUGCAGAGGCAGAAAACGGUCUUCAGUUUUAUGUGCCAGGGAGCCGACGAGAAAAGGAAAAUCCCGUGCCUAGCGAUGGUGGAAACGAUUGGGGAGCUGAUCGGAAAGACGAAAAAGACGCAAGACGUCAUGCGACGAUUCCAAGAAAUUGCCAAGGACCUACAC